AUGCGGACUCGAAUCAAGGAGGUGGUCGGUGUUGAUUGGUUCGACGGUGCCGUGAUGAAUUGUACGUUUGAGGGGCCCCUAGUUCGAGACAUCCUCCUCGCAGCUGGUGUGGGAGAAGAAGAUGGUGCCAUGCAGCGCAACGUCGUACCGAAACACAUCCAUUUCGCAAACCAUGGAGGCAAGACCCAGCACGAUGAAUGGUACGGUGGCAGUAUUCCAUUCGCUAGGGCCAUGGAUCUCGAGAUGGAUGUGAUCCUGGCAGUCAAGAUGAAUGGCUUGCCUCUCGAAGCUCGUCACGGCUUCCCUGUAAGGGCAAUCGUUCCGGGGGUCCUCGGAGCUCGUUCUGUCAAAUGGCUCGACUCCAUCACGGUCUCGGACCAGGAGUCGCCCUGCUUCUAUCAGCAGCGAGACUACAAGGUCUUGCCUCCGGAAGUAAGCGAUUCGAAAACGGCCGAAGGGUAUUGGUCGCGUUGUCCCUCCAUGCUCGAGAUGCCUAUCAACGCCUGUGUCGCUUGGCCAGUCUCCGGUUCCACCAUCAAGCUGCCUGCUUCUGGCUUCAUCGAGGUUCUGGGCUAUGCCGUGCCACAGAGCUCUCACGGGCCCGUGAUCAGGGUGCAAGUCUCUGGCGAUGAAGGCAAGACUUGGUCGGAUGCGCAGCUCGAACAUGGUGGCAAAUAUGCUAGCAAGUGGACUUGGGUCCUGUGGAACGCUAGGAUCAAGAUAGAGAAAGGAGAGGGCAGAAGAAUCUUCGCCAAAGCUACUGAUUCCGGGGGCUACACCCAGACCGAGGAAAGAUCCUCCUGGAAUUUGAGAGGAGUUGCUUACAAUGGGUAUGAGGCUGCUUUCGAUUUGACUGUUAUUGAGGAAGUUGAUCGUCAGGCGGUCACCACACGUUUCGAUGUGGCAAGAUUAUAA